CUCUGUGGAUUCUCAGAGUCGUUUGUCAUCUUGUUUGCAUCGCUAUAACAAUCGCAAUUUUGGAUUAAUUUUUAGUGCUAAUUGGAGUGUAAUCAACAAUCAUGAAAUAUAUUGUUUUUGUAGCUUUAAUCGGCGUUACCAUUGCCGCCCCUCAAGGACCAACAACCGAACCGGUCCCAAUUCUUCGUCAAGAACAGGAAGUUAAUUUUGAUGGUUCCUAUAAGUGGAAUUAUGAAACAGGAAACAGUAUCACAGCUGAAGAACAAGGUUUCCUGAAAAAUGCUGGUCAGCCCGAGCAGGAAGCUCAAGUAGCACAAGGUCAAUACAAGUAUACCUCACCUGAAGGUCAAGUCAUCGAGUUGUCUUACAUUGCUGAUGAAAAUGGCUUCCAGCCUGUUGGUGCACAUUUACCAACACCGCCUCCAAUUCCAGCCGCCAUUCAAAAAGCUCUUGACUACUUGGCUUCACUGCCAUCUACCGAGUCGCCACAACGACGAUAAUUUAGGCAACCAAAUUGACACAUAACACAACAUUUGUUGAUGUCACACUUUUAUCACACGUUUUCAAUGAAAUCCAGUCGAUCAUCACAACCUGUUUAUAAUCAUGCCAAAAAAUACAUCGCACACGCAUUAUACUAUAAAUAAAUUAAACUUAAAUUUAAAUUUGUCUCCAAGCAACUUUGAUCAUGUAUAGUAUCGUAUAUUUUUGUAACUAUCUGUAUGUAAUUGAAUCUAGUUGUAAAUUCUCGUGUUACCGUCAUUGUAUCCUAAGAACGUUUAUUCAAAUAAUUUUUUAUGUUUUCGUUUGAAUAAACGCUUUAUGAUUCAAUAAAUUAAAAAUAUUUUUUGAUAAA